AUGGCCUCUGGGGAGGAGCUGGUGACCCUCUCUGAUGACGAGUUUGAGAGCUUGGCGAUCCUCUAUGGUGCAAGAACUGCUUUUGCCUUGAAGCAGCAUCUGGUCCUGGUAACAGGGAAGACACGCUUUCAACAGCGACUGCUUGAAAAUGGGAGCAUUUUGCCGGACGAUGCCUUGCUUCAUUUGCCCCUUACUGUUGGCCUGGUCUUCUUGUCCUUCUGCACUCUUGAUACGCAGUGCUCGACAGCUCUAGAGAUUGCGAUUUCCCAGGACGACGCAAACUGCGUAGACGCCCUUCUCCAAGAACCUUUCGAUCCUAACGCCGAAGGCUUCCGAGAUUUUCAAUUCCUGAGCCGGGCGGCCUCAGCAAAUAGCGUGCGAUCGGCGAAGUUGCUUGUCGAAGCUCGAGCUGAACUGAGCCGUCCGGAUGCUGAUUCAGGGCUAGCGCCUUUACACCACGCGUGUGUGAGUGGCAGUGUGGCCAUCACGCAUUGGUUGAUCGAGUCGGGUGUCGACGUAGCCCGUCCUGCCGCGACGGAGCGUGUUCCGAUCUUGCCCCUAGAGCUUGCCAUAGCUGGCGGGAACACUGAGAUUGCUCGACUACUGAUCCAGGCGUCAGCCUCUGUAAAUGCGGUAGCAGACCGUCGUCUCACCCCUCUAGGGCUUGCUUGCAGUGUCGGCCAGGUCGGGAUGGCGCGCCUUCUCGUGGAAGCUGGUGCUGAUGUGAACUACCGCCACGACUGCGACACGCCACUGCAUGCUGCCUGCACGAGAGGAUGGCUGGAAGUUGUCCGCUUUUUGGUUGAGGCCGGGGCAGACAAAGAGGUUGUGGGCACAGAAGGUCCUCCUCUACAUGCGGCCAUAACUUUUGGUCACACAGAUACGGUGCGCUAUCUGCUCGAAGCAAGUGCAAGCAUAGAGGCCUCGCCUCCUAUUGGCAGAACCCCGCUUGUUCUGGCCUGUCUAGUAAGCCAGCUCGACUCUGUAAGAUUGCUCACUCAGCACCGAGCAUGCCUGGACAAGGCGGAUGAAGGAAGCUUCAUCCCUCUGCAUGUCGCUUGCUUUAUGGGUGACCUGGAGAUCGUUCGUGCCCUCAUCCAGGGAAGGGCAAACUUGAGUAUCAUGGCUGACGGCGUAUCCGCUGCGGAAAUAGCCCAUAGCCGCGAGUUUCACGACAUCGCGUCCUUGCUCACUGAUGCCGCUCGUGGAAGUAAUGAACGACAUACCAAGAGGAGACGCCGCAUAAAGGGACCACCGUAG